AAAAAGCAAAAAAUGGAAAAAAGAAAGAAAUUCUGCAGUCUGACGUUUGAACCCUAAAACCCUUGUUAACCCCCCAGAAUCCAAUUCCUCCUGCUGAACGCCGGAAACUGCCUUUACGCAAAACAUCAUCGCCACCGGUGAACAUGAGACCGCCUAAACCGAAUCCCAAAACUCGCAAGCUGCGGAAACGUCUCUUGGCGGAGGAAGAAGGAGAUGAAGUUGAGCUCCUAGAGUCAUGGAUUGAUUCGGGCAAACCUGACUCUGGUUCGAACCCACUUUCCUUUCCGCCUCUUCCCGAGAAAGCUCCCGUGGGUCAACUGCGAGACGGCUCUUUCUCGCCGUACGCCGGCUGCCUAAAAUUCAGCCAGUUGCCUUUGUCGAAAAAAACUAAAGAUGGGUUAGCCAAAGCUAAUUAUAAAGAUAUGACUGAUAUACAGAGGGCCUCGUUGCCCCACGCACUUUGCGGCAGGGAUAUUCUUGGCGCUGCUAAAACUGGGUCCGGAAAAACCUUGGCUUUCAUCAUUCCGGUUCUUGAAAAGUUAUACAGGGCUAGGUGGGGUCCACAAGAUGGAGUUGGAUGCAUUAUAAUGUCUCCCACGAGGGAAUUAGCUGGUCAACUUUUUGAAGUGUUGAAAUCUGUUGGAAAGUAUCAUGGUUUCAGUGCUGGCCUUCUUAUUGGUGGUCGUAAAGAUGUUGAUACAGAGAAAGAACAUGUUAAUGAUCUGAACAUCUUGGUGUGCACUCCAGGACGGCUUCUUCAGCACAUGGAUGAGACCCCUAAUUUUAAUUGUUCCGAACUUCAGGUUUUGGUGCUUGAUGAGGCAGAUCGCAUUCUUGAUGUCGGAUUUAAGAGAGAUUUAAAUGCAAUAAUCUCGCAAUUACCAAAGCAGAGGCAGACCUUGCUAUUCUCUGCUACCCAAACAAAAUCUGUACAAGAUCUUGCUAGGCUCAGUCUGAAAGAUCCUGAAUACCUUGGUGUGCAUGAGGAGUCAGAAACCGCCACGCCAAGUCUACUGCAGCAAACUGCCAUAGUUGUCCCUCUGGAGCAAAAGUUAGAUAUGCUAUGGAGUUUUGUGAAGGCGCAUCUUAAUUCCAGGAUGUUAGUGUUUUUUUCGACCUGCAAGCAGGUAAAGUUCGCCUUCGAAACAUUUAAAAAACUCCGACCUGGAAUCCCUUUGAAGUGUCUUCAUGGAAGGAUGAAGCAGGAAAAAAGAAUGGGAAUAUACUCCCAGUUUUGCAAUCAACAUUCAGUUCUGUUCUGUACUGAUGUGGCUUCGAGAGGGCUUGAUUUUGAAAAAGCUGUUGAUUGGGUUGUGCAGGUGGAUUGUCCUGAAGAUGUUGCUGCUUACAUACACAGGGUUGGCAGAACUGCUCGCUACCUUUCUGGAGGAAAAUCAGUUUUAUUUCUCAUGCCUUCAGAAAUGGAAAUGAUUAGGAAAUUGGAAGAAAAGAAAAUACCUAUUCGGAUUACUAAGACAAAUGCGAAAAGGUUGCAGCCAGUUUCUGGGCUGCUGGCUGCUUUGUUGGUGAAGUACCCGAAUCUCCAGCAACUGGCUCAGAGAGCUUUUACUACGUAUCUGAAAUCUGUACAGAAACAGCGGGAUAAGGAGAUUUUUGAUGUGAAGAAGCUAUUGAUUGAGGACUACUCUGCAUCAUUAGGCCUUCCAAUGACUCCCAAAUUCAAUUUCAUUAAGAAAGUCAAGGGAAAAUCUUCCGCAGAACUGUCUCUUGUCGAGUUAAGUUCUGCAAAGAAAAAUGCAUCUGAAGAUAAUUUUGGCAGUUUUGACACUUCCAAGGAAGAUGAAUCUGAGGCAGAGGGAGUAGAUAUUCUACGUCAAAAGCCUACUCAAGAUGAAGGAAAGAAAACUGAACUUGGAGCCGCAGGGCCACCUCCAACCAGGAUUUUAAAGAAAAAGAAGUUGAAGAUCAAUAUGGAUAGACCAGUUGGGAACAAGGUUGUGUUUGAUGAAGAAGGGGACCCUUUACCGCCACUUGCAGGGUUGGCGGUAAAGAGGACCACUGACUCAGUUCAGCUCGACAUGAACAAAGUUGUACAAAACUUAAAGGAAAAGAGGAGACAAAUGGAGUUGGCUGAUAAGGAGGACAAGGCUCUGUACCGUGAAAGUCGAAAAGAGAGGAGAAUUAAGGAGAAAAUGAAGAGGAAGAGAGGGAGGGAGGAAGAAGAAGAAGAUAGCGAUGAUGACGGAGCAACUUCAGAUGAAGAAGUUCGGGAAGACAGAUUCAAUAAGAAGAAUAAGAAGGGCAAGAUAUAUUUCGAGAGUGAUGAUAGCGAUAACGAGGAGACAGUAAAAAACAACAAAAAGGUUGUCAAUACGGAGUCAAUAUCUCUGGCAGAGCAAGAGCAGCUGGCUCUCAAGGUUCUGGAAUCCUUGCAUUCAUAAGAAUUCAUUCUUCUUGGCUUUUCCAGUGGCACAUAGAUAAGCCCAAAAUUUUGGUUUUAGACACAUCAAUCAUUUGUAGUAGUAUUUUUGUUCAUAUAGGAAGUUAUCAUGCCUUUUAAUGUUUCUCUCCAGGAAAUGUCACUUGAGAGAGGGCCUUUUUUGUGUGAAUCGAAUGUGAAUUUUGCUGUGAAAAGCUAACAAUUGGUAAUCACAGAAAUUUGUGACUUGAUUAACUAAAAAUCUAAUUUGUCUAUGAGUUCCAAAACGGGAAUUAUUUCUAUUGUUUAA